CCAAAACUGACUGAACUGGAACACAUGCAUCACUAGUAGAGGCACGAAAAUUCUUUUUGGAGCUGGAAGUGAGUGAUGCGGUGAGGAAGCACAACACAAACCGUAACCACUUACAGAGAAUGGAAGGAAAACAAGUACGGUACCAGUACUCUACGAAACCCCUUGAGAACACAUCGAUCUCGACGCAUCGAUCGGCAAUUUAUCGGCAAACAAAGACUACAGCACAUUGCAGCACAUUGAAGAAAAGGUUACCUGAGCAUUACGAAGUAAAGUAGAAGUACAUUCCUGCGGUCGGCAUUCUUCUUCUGCGACAGCAAUUUCCGGUUGCAUCCUAUCGACCGAAAUCCAUUGCAUCGCACCGCAUCCCAUCGCAUCGCAUCGGAAUUCACCGAACCAAAUCUUCGAACGGAACACGACAAUCCGUACCUUCUUUUCGCACAACACAAUACUACACAAUACAAUACAUUCCGUCACCAAUCGCCAUGAUCACUAGGACAAGGACGACAAGCACCCUUUUCGCGGCCGCAAUCAAGGCGACCGCUCUCUGCUGGGCGGUCCUGUGCAGCAGCAGCAGCCACGACUCCCAUUCGAUGGCCUUCGUCCAGUCCUUCUCGCCUACGCCUCUGGCGAAUGGAGCGGAACCAAGGGGCACGACGAUCGCAAGCAGCAACAGCGGCCUUUCCUCCAAGACCGCCCUGUCGAUGGCCGGGGGGGUUCGAAGGCGUGGCCUCGAACAGCGAAGGGAAGGGGCUACCCCUACGGGUACGUAACCAAACGCGGUGCAAAGCCGUGCAUUGCCUUGUAUCUGUCGCACACUUCCCUCCCGUGGCACCCCAUCGUUUUCUUUGGCGAGCCCGCGCUGUUUUCCUUUUGUUCUUUGUUUGCCCGUGCGUUUCGGCUUGUUCGUUCGUUCGCUGGAUCGAACCCUUUUCGUGCACCAUCUUAUUCCUGUGUUCUUGCUUCUUUCUCCGCAUUCGGAACCCACCAACACACAACGACGACGACGACGACGACGAAUACACACAACAAAUAGAGGGUGGAAUGACUCUGUACCUCAAAGCCGCCGAAGAUGGGACCAGCGUCGGAGACUGCCCGUUCGCUCACUACAUCCGAAUGAUCCUCGAAGAAAAGAACCUCCCCUACACCGUCCAACCCUGCGCGUCCAACGACGACAAGCCCGGCUGGUUGCUCGAAUACUACGAGGGGAAAAUGCCCUGCCUGAGGCACAAGAAGGAAGCCUAUGUCGAGUCGAAUGUGAUCGCUGCCUACCUCGACUAUUUCUUCCCCUCCGGCGAAAGCGAUGCCGACCACAAGGCCGCCCUGAAGGACGCCGAGGACGCCAUGGACGGCUUUUUCCCGGCCGUGGCGGGGUACCUCAAGGACAAAGAGAGCGACGCCGAGGCAGAGCUUUCGUGCGAACCACUGGCGGCCCUCCGGGAAAAACUCGGAGCCCUCGAGGAGCACCUGGGAAACGCCGGCGGCGAAGACUGCAACCUCGACGGGACCUCCACGUCCUUUGGAAUCCUCGACUGUCGCCUGGUCCCCCAGUUGUACCACCUGAAGGUCGGCAUCGACACCUUCAAGGAGCACGGAAAGCCAGACCUGGAAAGCGAGUUUCCGACCGUGCACGCCUACCUUUCUCGAUCCAUGACACGCGAGAGUUUUGUCAACACAAUGUACCCACCGGAAACCAUCGAGUGGGGCUGGACCAACGCACGGCAAUAAUGCCAACGCAGAAAAAGAAAGACCCAAGCAAACAAACAAACAAACGAAACAAACAAACAUACAAUUCACCAAUCGGUGCCGCCAUACACGCUGGCAUUGUGCGACCAAAGAAAGAGGUUUUGCUGCUUGUUCACGUGGCGAGAAACACCACGAACGUACCUCCACGAGGCCGUCACGCUGUUCGGAUAACGUCGAAAUACCUAGUAGUAGUAUAUACUUUUUCGCCAUAGUUGUGCCUUUUUGCGAACCGAAACGUGUGC